UCGGGCCGGCUCUAGCUGUCCUCGGGUUCCUCCGGCCACCAGGGAGCGCGGCGCGGAGGACAGUUUUCUAGCCCUGGUAGGCGACGCUCUGGGUAGCAGCGGCGGCUGCUCCGUGGCCCGUGGCGGCGGCGCUCUAGCCGGCGGGAGUGCGGGGCGGGCUCUCUGUGGUGCGGCCGGCGGGCGGCGAUGGCGGCCGUACGGGGCCUGCGAGUGUCGGUAAAGGCAGAGGCGCCCGCGGGGCCGGCCCUGGGGCUCCGGCCCGCAGAGGCCGACUCCGGCCUGGAGCGUGGCGAGCCGGAGCCCAUGGAGGUGGAGGAGGGCGAGCUGGAGAUGGUGCCGGUGCGGCGCUCGCUGAAGGAGCUGCUCCCGGACACAAGCAGAAGAUAUGAAAACAAAGCUGGUAGUUUCAUCACUGGAAUCGAUGUCACCUCCAAGGAGGCCAUUGAAAAGAAAGAACAGCGAGCCAAGCGCUUUGACUUUCGAUCAGAAGUUAAUAUUUCCCAAAGAAAUGUAGCCUUGGACCGAGACAUGAUGAAAAAAGCAAUCCCCAAAGUGAGACUGGAGACAAUCUAUAUUUGCGGAGUUGAUGAGAUGAGCACCCAGGAUAUCUUUUCCUAUUUUAAGGAAUAUCCUCCGGCUCAUAUUGAAUGGUUGGACGAUACCUCCUGUAAUGUGGUUUGGCUGGAUGAAAUGACGGCCACACGAGCCCUUAUCAACAUGAGCUCCCUACCAGCCCUGGAUAAGAUUAGAAGCAGGGAUGCCAACGAGGAGAAAUCGUCGGAGAAAAGUAAAAAAGAUAAACAGGAAGAUAGUUCAGAUGAGGAGGAGGCUGAAGAGGGAGAAGUUGAAGAGGAGAACACAAGUGAUGUGGAGUUGGACACAUUGUCUCAGGUAGAAGAGGAGUCUCUGCUAAGAAAUGAUCUUCGUCCAGCUAACAAACUUGCUAAAGGAAAUAGGCUAUUCAUGAGAUUUGCUACAAAAGAUGACAAAAAGGAGCUUGGAGCAGCCAGGAGAAGUCAGUAUUAUAUGAAAUACGGGAAUCCCAAUUACGGAGGCAUGAAAGGAAUUCUUAGUAAUUCUUGGAAGCGAAGAUAUCAUUCCCGUCGCAUUCAGCGGGAUGUGAUCAAGAAGAGAGCUCUGAUUGGGGAUGAUGUUGGCUUGACGUCCUAUAAACACCGACAUUCCGGUCUAGUGAAUGUUCCCGAGGAACCCAUUGAGGAGGAGGAGGAGGAGGAGGAGGAGGAAGAAGAGGAGGACCAGGACAUGGACGCUGAUGACAGGGUGGUGGUAGAGUACCACGAGGAGCUCCCGGUGCCCAAGCAGCCCCGGGAGCGGAGUGCCUCGAGGAGGUCCAGCGCCAGCAGCUCGGACUCUGAUGAAAUGGACUAUGAUCUAGAACUGAAAAUGAUUUCCACUCCUUCCCCAAAGAAAAGCUUGAAAAUGACAAUGUAUGCUGAUGAAGUGGAAUCUCAGUUGAAAAGUAUUAGGAACUCCAUGAGGGCAGAUACCCUUUCUACAAGCAAUAUCAAAAACCGAAUUGGAAGCAAAUUACCCACUGAGAAGUUUGCCGACGUCCGACAUCUAUUAGAUGAAAAACGUCAGCACACGCGCCCACGGCAGCCAGGCAGCAGCACCAAGUCAGAUAUACGCCAGCGGUUAGGAAAAAGACCGUAUUCUCCGGAAAAGUCUUCUGGCAGUGACUCAGUGGUUCGGAGAGAGGCCUUUUCAGAUGUGCACAGCAGGCUUGGCAUGCCCAGACAGGACAUUAAAGGCCUCUACUCUGACACCCGGGAGAAGAAAUCAGGUAGUUUAUGGACUCGCUUAGGAUCUGCACCCAUGACCAAAGAAAAGGGCACGAAGAAAGCGGAACACAGGGCGCUUGGCACCGAGGAAGACGACUCCGAGCUGCAAAGGGCAUGGGGGGCUCUGAUUAAGGAGAAAGAACAGUCUCGCCAAAAGAAGAGCCGCUGUUCCCAGCACCCCUUUCCCAAGAAAAGUCAAUUCCCAGGUGCUUAUUGGACAGCCUGCGAGGGGGAAGAUGAGGGAAGCUGCCAGCUCACCCUUCCAGGGCCCUAGUGUGGGGGCCGGUGCUCCUGGACCCGACUUCCGAGGCACUCCAGUGCGGCCCAGGUAGACGCCAACGCAGCGGCGAGCACAUCCCUUCCUCCCGGGGACCGCGUGGCGGGCCUGUCAGCUCUCAGCUCCAAGUGAAGAUCAAGUUCAGUGCGGUGGGAUUUUUAGGAACAAAAACAAACUGUGACUUCUGGAAUUUGGGGUGGAUUUUUACGCUAGGGGUGGGGUCAUUGGGUUAAUGUUGAACAAUUUUUAAGUCUGUAUUAUGUUUUAAAAUAUUAAUGAUUUAAAAGUUUAAAUUUUUAAUUUUUAUAUGUGAAAGUACUUCUUUUGGCUAUAAGGGAAGCUCAAGUGGUGUCUUCUUACGUGCUGUUAAAUAUAUAUUAUAUACUUUGGAAGAAGGCAAAGAGCGGAGUCUCAUUGUUUUUUAAAUGACCCUAAUUGUAUAGUCUGUUAUACAUAGAAUUCGACUUGCGUCCUGGCCAUCACAGGGAAGAAUUCAUCCGUCAGCGAUGGGUUCCUGUUGCUUAUCGUCACUUUAAAAGUGACGUGUUUUUAUUUAUUCCUCUGUCUCCCAGUUCUGGCACCCGAGGUCAUCUACAAAACUGUCAGAUAAGAACAGACAUUUUCAUUCAUUGUUUUGCAAUAUCUUCCGACUGACCAUGAGAAAGGUGGCAGGUUUUUCCCUUGUUUUUUGUUUUCUUGUCUGAUUUUCGUUUUGAAAUACUUAAUGGUUAGUUUCUCUGUAGGCUUAAAACUUGACUAGUGUAUUACUUCAGUUUGCUGGCACUCAGAGGUUCAAGAUCCUACGCCUGUGUCUGUUUGGCCAUGUCUGCUCGGUGGUGGCGGGAAGGGCCCUGAGGCCCUGAGCUCCACCCUCUGGUCCCUCACGGGUGGGGAGUUGGCUUCUCCCUCCCUUCCCAAAGACGGGAACCUGAGACCAUAUACCUUUCCCCUUCCUCACAGGGGUGUGGGAAAGAGACGGUUUUGCUGUCUCUGCCAGUUGAGACCCGAGCUUUCUGAGGUUGCUGGCAUGUCUGGCCUUGUGAAGCCCAGUGCUGAGAACCAGGUUCUUAGGGAAGGGUCCGAGGUGGGGAGUUGGCAGAACAAGAAGUCUCAGGGCCUGAGCGUCAGAGACCAGCUGGAUGCCAGGCCAGGGCCCGAGCACUGGGCUUGGAUGGUGCAUCUCAGUGGUGCAUCACUCUCCCCAGAGUGAUGGGUGCAUGUGAGAAAAGGGUGAAGGAGACAGCUGGUAGUAUGCCCGAGGCUGUAGCCCCCAGUCCAUGCCGCCUCUGGGCUUACUGGUGGGUUUACGUGUCCCUGCUGACCUGGUUCUCUACAGUGCUCAGGUGUCCUUCCUUCUUACUCUUUCAGCCAAGAGCCCUUCCCACCCAUGUGGUGGGCACAUCUAUCCCGUGUCUUUCAGUUAUUGCCAGUUUCCUGUAGAAGACAGGAAGGACUUCUCCAGGGUGGUGGCAUAGAGGCAAAAGUGGGUUUGAGACCAGUCGAACCAAAAACAGUACCUACUUCAGUCACCUUGCUGGAUAUUUUGUUUUUGUUUCUGUUUUUGUGGGCACAGCCACAGCCAGUGGUGCUCAGGGCUCACUCCUGGCGAGCUCAGUGACCAUACGGGAUGCCAGGAAUCAAACCCAAGUAAGCCACAUAUAAGGCAAAUGCCCUGCCUGCCAUACUAUUGCUCCAGCCCUGCCUUGCAUUUCUUUUUACACAGGACCAGGAAAAAAUAUCUUGGCAUUCAAAGGGCAGGGCUGGGAUGUUGUUUAGCAGUAGAGCUCUUGUAGCUCUUGCCUUAUAGGUGUGCUCCCCCCCUGGGUUUGAUGCCCCACCCCCCCAUGCCCAAAUUCAAGUUUUCCCCAGUGUAUUUGCUUUUUUCCUGCCUUCACUCUCCAGUCACACGUGGGUUCUUAGAUCUGGCAGCCUUGUAUACGGUGCCCUGGCAGGCAGCUCCAGGAACUCUUACCUAGGCCUGCGAUGGGCACCAUGAGUGUGCUACACAUCCCACACAUGCAAGGCUCUAAACAGAACCCUCUCCCAAGGGACACCAGCUUCUCAGGAGGACAUGUGGCACUCACCACAAAGCCAGUUCUCCCCCACCCCCUUGUAACCUGGACCCAGAAAUCCCUGCUUUCUCUUUCUCCCUGUCCAUCCCUGCAGCUUCCUCACCUGCUCUCUGCCCUCUUUCUCUUGCACUCUGCACAGUGUAGCUGAGGGAUGCAUUCACUGUUAACAGCUUUAUUGAGAAGGAAUUCACACACCUUACAGCUCAGGCCUUCAGAGUAUGCACAUGCAGACCAGGGUGGUGGAGCUCAAGUGGUGAAGCACAUUCCUGGCACUGUGGGGAGCCCCUGAGUACUGCUGGGGUGCAGCCCCGAUGCCCUCCCUGCAGCACCACCAGGCCCCACUGCCCUGAAUUGCCAAGCCUGCCUUGUUGAGAGUAGCCCCGGGCUCCCUAGCAGUGCCAGGUGUGGCCCCUUUAAAGUCAAUGAGACGCACACUUUAUUGGCUUCUAGAAUAUUCACUGCAUACACCCAUCACCAUAAUCAGUUUAAGAAGGAGUUUAUCACAUGGGGCCCACUGGCAGCCAUUCUUUUCCCCACUGACCAGCCACAGCUUCUGUCCCUACAGUUUUGCCCGUUGGGAGCAUUCUAGUCGUGUAUGUCAUGAUUGUCUGUGACUGUCUUCACUGAACACGAUGUCUGUGGUGUGUCAAGUGUCAUGCUUUAUUUCCAUUACUCAGUCUGUAGUGUAUUCAUGAACGUUCGCGUGCCCACAUUUUGGCUUCUCUGAAUCAUGCCACUGUGAACAUUCAUGUCUAGGUGUUGCGUGGCUGCACAUCUUUGCCACUCUUGAAUUGUAUCCUCAGAGUAACAAUUGUUGGGUCAUAUCAUAGCUUGUCUUUUAAGAUACAAGCAGACUGUCCCCUUUUCCCCAAGGGACGGCAUCAUCGUCCAUUCUCCCCAGCUGUGUAUGAGAGUUUCAGUUUUCCCACAUCCCCACAUUUGGUAUUUUCCAGUGUGACUUGAAUCUUAUUUGAGUUUGGAUUUGCAUUUCUCUGGUGACCAGAUGCUGGGUUUUGGUUUUUGUUUUUGUUUGUUUGUUUGUUUUGCUUUUUGGGUCACACCUGGUGAUGCACAGGGGUUACUCCUGGCUUUGCACUCAGGAAUUACUUCUGGUGGUGUUCAGGGGACUGUAUGGAAUGCUGGGAAUCGAACCCAGGUCGGCCGCAUGCAAGGCAAAUGCCCUCCCCGGUGCUAUCGCUCCAGCCCUGCUGGGUAUUUUUUUAAAAAUGUGUCUCAAAAGGAACUUUUUUGUGUGCUUCUUUGUGUGUCCGUUUUGGUUUUGGGCCUUCCAGGGUGGAGCUCUCAGAGAUGCAGCUGUGGCAGAUUCCAGGGCUCAAACUCAGGCUUGGUGCUAGUGGGCCUGUGCUCUAGCAACUUCGCACUGUCUCCCCAGGCCAGGAUGGACUUCCCUAAGUUCUGCCUGCCAUUCCUCUGCUUAGUCUUCCCACAGUGUCAGCAGUGUCCUACGAAGAAGUUCUGAACUCAAUAAUAGCAGGCCCCUCAUUUCCUCCCACCUCCCCCUGCCGUCUCUUCACUAUUUCUCUAGACUCCUCUUGAUUUCACGACCCGCAAGGCUCUGUCCGUCCGAUCCUGCCAGGCCCUCCCUUUUCCUUAUCUUCAGGAACUUAGAGACCCUUCCAGAAGACUGCCUUCAGCUCCAGAGCCAGGGUCCUUGCUAUGUGUCUCACGGGACUGCCCCAGUGUAGUCUUGGUUCAGCCUGAGCUUGGUUCAGCCCGAGCUAGAUCUGAGAGCCAGGCCCAAGGUAAGAAUCACGUGGGAUCAGAAUGCAUCCGCCCUGAGGCAGGCGCCAUGUUGGCAGGCAGUGUCCUGAGGUUCAGCCUCGCUGGCUUCUACCUGUGCGGCAUCAAGCGUGGUCUCAGGGUUGAGCAUUAAGUGAGCACCAGUGCCUUGGUUGGCAUGCUCAUCCCUGCGGGGCGACGUCGAGCAAAAUGCUUAUUUUCAGGUGUUGGAAUCAUCCUGAUGUAAGCAACUCAUUUGUGAAGAGGCUCUUGGUUUGCAGAGACCAGGGACGGGAGCAGCGGAGGCUCAGGCUCGCCCAGGCCCACCUGCAUGACUGCCAGUGAGUGUGUGGGCAGCCGAAGUAGCUCAGGGGACUUAGAAUUGUUCUCUUUCCCUUGUCUUUUCUUUUUUCUUAAAAAUAAAAAUAAUAACAAUAAUUCCAGACAUGUAUCAUUGUGUUAACCUAGGUGAAAUGUGUGUGUGAUGCCAAAUCACUGUAUCCACCCACUCCUCAGGCCAGACCCCCUGGACACUGGCCUGUGCUGGCCUGUCCCUGCUAGACUGUGAGCUGGGAGAGCCGGGACCCUGCUCCUCUUGGUGGGGAGGGGGGGGGUUCCCCAGUCCUCACACCAGGCCUGGCACUUGGCAGACUAUUCAGGAAUAUGUAUCGGAUGCACGUGUCAGCAGGCUGCCUCCUGCCGAAAUGGUUUCUCAUCUUCCUGCCUUGUACUUAUGACACUUUUUGUCAUGUGUUCUAGCCUGUGAGCUCCUGAUGAGCAGGUGUCUUCGUGUUUCUCUCUCUCUGUUGUCCCACCAGGCCAGCCCAGGGGCUCUCGCGCCGACAAGGUGUUGGGGUCUGUGGCUGGAUUGUGAUCCGACCAGCUCUGGGCACUUCUGGCCGCCGGCUUGUCUAAUUCUAGCUGAGGCCACCAGACUCAAAAGGAGAAAAAUCAGGCAGAAAUGCAUAAACUGUACUCAUGUGUUUUUAAAUAAUCAUGUUCAAGAGACCUCCAUUAAGUUCCAAUUUUGAUGAUCUGGUCAUAUCAUACUCGUUGGCCAGAGAGUUUUGUAUCUCGUCCAGUCUGUGUUUUUUAGGAAGCUGCCGUCUGCCCCAGGGGGGAGGGUGAGAGGCACUGCAGAGCCUUCUGCACUGCUGGACCUGCUGGUGUGGACAGUGCAGGCAGCCCGAAGGCCCUGGACAAACGCUCGUUCUGGGCAGUAGCUCUUUGGCUUAAAGCAGUGCCCCACCCACACGGCAUUUUAAAGUCAUGGCGAAGUGCUGACUGGCAUUUGGGAUUAAAGCUAACAGCAGAUCAUGACUUCACAGGUUUAAUUAAUUAUUGCACAAAUACGUUUGAUGUAUAAGUAUUUGCUUUCAAAUCUAAUGCAACAAAGAAGUCAGACCGUUUCUUUUCAGAACUGAAAGGACAAAAUGUUUUUGAUAAUUUUAAGAACACGCUUGCUUCCAAGCAGAUUGUUACUGCAUAACCUGACCUACCUUAAUCUACAAUUUUUCUUACACGUUUAUAAAAUAAAUCUUAGAAUUAAAAAUAUGUAUAUACCAUGGCAUUUAAAUAAAUAAAUAAAUAAAAGUUC